UGGAUUUGCAAUGGUGGGGAUCCAAUGUGGAUGACACGGUAUGGUCUGCCCGAUUUAAAUAAGUAAUUAGGAAUUAGGAUCUAACCUCAAACUUCUACCGCCUCGAAUUACCGAUAUCAGGCCGGUCAGUGAAGGGGGGGCAAGUGCACAUUCCAGCGCUGAGGCGAUGGCUGAUGCUUCUGUUUCUGUGCUUGAAACAUUACGAGUGAGAGGAUGGAAUUUCGGUGAUUUGGACGAAGUUAGGGCCGUAAUCAUGAUCGGUAGUGCCUUGGCCGAUGAUCCGACUUCGGUCGUUGAUUCGGUGGAGUCGGAGCUCAUAAACAUGGACCUUAGGUCCAUUGGAGGCAAGUCCUUGCCUGACCUUUCUCUUCUUCGCAAGUCUUCUCGUGUUCUUGGCCCUCUGGUUCUCCAGAUAUCAUCAGUAAGAGACAUAUCGCGAAGUAGCCUAGACGGUAUGACGAAGGCUUCUAAUGAUCGGCGUCUCCUACGGUUCGGUCUCACUGAUGGACACACUGAAAUUACUGCUAUAGAGUACUCUCAUAUACCAUCUAUUCCUGAUGACAUUCCUCCUGGCACCAAGGUUCGUCUGGAAACUAAAGCUCCUGUGUAUAGUGGAAUAUUAUGUUUAAGUUCAAAAGGGUUAACAGUACUUGGAGGUGUAGUUCCAACACUUUAUGACGAAUGGAAAAUGAACCAAAAAUACUCUGGUUUAUCCCGUGCAUCCAUAAGGUUAUCACAGGGAGGAGAUGUUGAUGGUCCACCUCCAUUUGUGAAGUUCCAAGUUGGGGCGCCUUCUCAAAAAUUUAGUCAGAAAGGAAUUUCUUCAUAUCAACCAGAGUCAUCCUCAAAGAGCAAUAGGCCUUCUGCUGAUUCAGGAAAUAUUGAAGGUAAAUCGACUAUAGAGCAACAAAGUGCGGAUGCAAAAGCUCCCAAUUCUGUCAAUUCUGCUUCCCAUGUAGAAAAGGUCGAAGAAAAACCUAGCAGCUCUGAAACAAGACCAAGGGAAGUUGUGGAAGCUGUUCCUGUACAAAAUCAGGCUGCCUCUCAGAAACUACUCCACAAAAUGAGUCAGCAAGAUGGAAACCGAAGGCAUUUUGGUAAUAGAAACCAUAGGGGGAAGGGUAGAAUGGAAGAUCCGGAGGUGUAUACUCUAGAAGAAUAUGAAAGGAGAAAAUCUGGAACGAGUCAAUUACCAAAAGAGACAUCUUCCAAUACGAAUCAGGAUGAGGAACUUGCACGGAGGCUACAAAUUCAAUUUGAUUUGGAAGAAUCUCAUGUACAACAAGAGAGUGCAAGCAGAACAAACGCAGAACAUAUAAGGAUGAGCAUGUUCAACUACGAAAGAGAUAGCUAUACACCACAUGGUGGUGGGAGAGGAAGGGGAGGAGGACGUGGGAGAAGAGGAAGGGGACGGGGAAGAGGCAGGUAUUAUUGAAUGGUUACAUCUUCACCUUGCGUACUAUGUUUCAUCUAAAUUUCUUCAUGUUUUAUGAUGAAUUCGCAAGUUCCAAGUUUGGCUCUAACUUGUUUCUCGUAAUUUGUUACAAGUUUUAGCUUAGGUUUAGUGGAUUGGUGCAUAGCCAUACUCUGGUUAAUUUUAGUUGGAUUACGCUACUUGGAUUCUUACUUAGCGAUGAUAGUUCAAUUGGUGAAGCUCAAAUGAUGUAGAAUAUCAUUUUGGAUUUGAAUUUCCCCCACUUUAUUUGU